GAAAGUAAACAUAGUUUCAAAUUUAUAUUUUGAUUAACCUAAAAUUUUUAAAACUUAUUGAAGAAAUUUAUACUGGUUAAUUAUUGAAACGCCGAAAUAUGGCUGGUGUGUUAUUUGAAGACAUUUUUAAUGUAAAAGAUAUGGAUCCUGAAGGAAAAAAAUUUGACCGAGUUAGUAGAUUGCAUUGUGAAUCAGAAUCUUUCAAAAUGGAUUUAAUAUUAGAUAUUAAUUCUUGGUUGUAUCCAAUGGAGUUAGGCGACAAAUUUCGUUUAGUUUUAGCUACAACUCUCAGGGAAGAUGGAUGCCCAGAUAGUGGAGAAUUUAAUCCACUAGAGCAAGAGGGAACAAGGGCGGACAGCUUCGAGUAUGUAAUGUAUGGGAAAAUUUAUAGAAUAGAAGGUGAUGAGGCGCAUAAUGAAGCUUCAAGUAGACUAUCAGCUUAUGUAUCUUACGGUGGUCUUCUGAUGAGACUGCAAGGCGACGCUAACAAUUUACACGGUUUUGAAGUAGAUCAGCAUAUAUAUUUAUUGAUGAAAAAGCUUGCAUUUUGAAAAAUACUUAUGUAUAUUUUUACUUUAUCAUAAUAAAAAAAGUGUAUUUUUUAAGGAAA